GGCGGCUUCAUAUUCAGGCAUGGCAGAAACAGGCAAGGAGAUUAACCAACAACCGCCUUUGACGGACAUUAAACUGGAUGAGAUAGGAGAGGCUAUUGGAGACAACCCGAAUCUGCUGAGGUUAGGACUACUUCUUGGUUUCCAGGAAUCCAAGAUACAUAUGUUUAGGGCCACAAACCACUCUGAUGGCCAAGUCACAGCCAAGGGCACCAAGGACAUGCUGUUUGCAUGGCGGAACAAAACCCGUGGAGCGGACCAGGUCCGGAAUCUCCGAGAAGCAUUGGAGAAAGCCCAGUUGGUGCUUAUAGCUGAAGAGCACCUAUAGAAGAUUUCCAGUUACACAAACAUUCUGAGAUUCUGGUUUCUACAUGUAGAUUGCUGAAGAGAGUAAGGCGUCGAGCAGCAAACAAUAAUAACGACGUCUUUAUCGUAGAAGAGACAAAUAACAUAACGGAUGCCUACAUUUGCAUAUA